AUGCCUCGUCAAGGUGUGCUCAGUCGUGGCCUGGUGCUGCUCAGCGGCGUGGCAUUGUUGAGGUCGUUCUUUGGCUCGGAAACCUUCGCUGGUCAAGGUCGUGGCACCACAGGAGCCCAGUGCCGCAUCACCGUUCUGCGCCACGCUGCAGAGGGCGAUUCUCUGCCUUCCAUUGAGGUGGAUGAGGGCAAGCCCGGCGAGGUCGUGAACGUGGCAGAACUCUUCAAAGGGACAGAUGCCAUAGGUCAUUUUGCCAACGCAGGAGCAGCUUCAUCAGGCAAGAAGGGAGUCCUCUUCGCAGUGCCAGGAGCCUUCACGCCCACUUGCUCCGAGAAGCACCUGCCCGGCUACAUCGAGAAAGCUGAGGAUCUCAAAGCCGCUGGGGCCGAGGUCGUGGCCUGCGUGUCUGUGAACGAUGCCUUCGUGAUGAAAGCUUGGGGCCAGCAGCAGAAGGCCGAGGGCAAGGUCCGCAUGCUGGCCGAUGCCAAGUGUGAGCUGACCAAGGCUUUGGGGAUGGAGCUGGAUGCUUCCGCGAAGUUGGGAAACAUCAGGUCGGAGAGGUAUGCCAUGAUCAUCGACGAUGGCAAGAUCACCAAGAUCACCAAAGGCGAGGAUUCGUUUGCUCCAGAGAUUUUGACGGCCCUGAAGUAG